GAUAGCGGGGAAAUAAAAAUGAAGAUCCCAGUAUUUUGAAUUCCUAUCUAUCUAAGAAGACUUUUAACAGGGUUUCAAAGGAAAUACGCAGUGAUUGUAAAUCUCUCGAAGAAAACACGAGCCGAGGCAGAAAAAAGGUGCAAAAUGAUCCAACGGAUGGCCGCAUUCUAAGCAAAUGAAACUAACUUAGCCGUUGAGUGACAACGGAAGGAAAAUUCAAAUUUCAUGGAUUAUUAGACCAGUCUGGUAGAGGAUGACGAGGCAAAGCAGAAGGUAGGAUCAGGAAAUAGCAACUGAAUGAGGGCAAAAAGGGCAAAAAUCUUCUUCCAGCUGAUCAUGGCACUGACAAUGGAUUCAUGGGUGGGUCCAUUCCUCAAAGGAGGCCUUACUAAGCACUGCAUGACUCCCUCUGAAACUGCUCACAGGUGGAUGUCAUUGUUUUACUCAGGAAAAAAGUAUGUGGAGUGGGACAUCUUAAUUCUAGGAUUGUCUGUGGGUUGUAGAAACACAGAGAAGCUGCAGUCAUUGAAGUUGACGUGUUUGGUGAGGUUGACACGAAUGAUUACCAAUGGGACUUGGGUGGCAGACAGCAAGCUCACAACCCUUCUCUGUAACUUUCUCAAUGACACAGUGGCAACAUGUUGCAGCAAAAAAACUGCAGUUUGAUAAGAAGGAUCCUAAGCAGUUUUUUGAAUUAGUAGUUCAUCAUGGUGUAUUAAAAACGAAUUAGGCUUGCACCAUUUAUUUAGUUAUAUUUUGGUCAAGCGUAUUGACUUGAUAGCAUUGUAACAUGUACAAAUAUGGUAUUUAAUAAAAAAAUUAUUGGAAGGGGUUAAAACCCCUUCUAAAGACUGAAGGGAAUAGUCACUGGCCAUGGUUAUUCCUUGAAGUCGUGUUUUUUGACAACUUAAAGAAUGGUCGAUAGGCCAAGACCAUUCUUUAAGUUUUGCAUCUCGCUUUCUUUGCAUAUGUUUUGUUAGUUUAUUUUUUAUGUAAGCAUUUAUUAAUUAAUUUUGAUUUCAGCACUAAAGUUAAAUAAA